GCCUACAAUACUUUUCCAAAGAUGGGUGACACAUGGAUACCUGAGGAUGUUCUAGAAAUGAAGCCACUUAUUCGCAACUUCUAUGAAAAUACUUCGUUGGUAGAGGUAAUUUUCCUGUGGUGUUUAUUUACUGUGUAUUAUUGAGAGAAUUCCUUAGCAUGAUUUAGGAUCAGUCUGUCAUUGAAUUUUGAUUCAUAGAGGUAUUCACGAGAUCUCAAAUUCAGAAAAAUAUAUUUUAAUCCAUUGAACUACGAGCUCAAUGGCUCAAACUCCGCACGACCAGUAGUUUCCUGAAAUCCGUGUGAACCUAUAAUCAUCAAUGUGAUCAUAGAAUAUUCCUUUAACCACAUUUACAGCUUGACCAUCGUAUCCUGGAAACAGCCACUUUAGUUUCAAUCGCCUCGUUAUGGUGGUUAACGAGGAAGGUGGAUCUUCAUCCUGCAGUUCGAUAUUUGAUUGGAAGCACUGUUGGCAUGGCUGGUCUUCAGGUUACCUUGGGGAUAUCUACCCUUUUGUCAUACGUGCCAGUUUCCCUGGGCAGUGCUCAUCAAGCUGGGGCUUUGACACUAAUGUCACUGAUGAUCCUUCUCAUUCACACUCUGAGGAAGCCAUCGCCCUUUCUUCUUAAAUCUCUGCCUAAAGUUGCCAAGACAAUCUCUGCACAAAUUUAUUCUUCUUCUUCUUCUUCUUGUUUAGCUAAUGUGAUUUAUUCAAUUCCUCAUUGUGGAACUUGAAACGUUAUAAAUUGAUGAAAUAAUACAAGGACAAUUUUCCUUCCUGGAUGGUGCUUCAUGUUACAAGGGCCUUUGUGGUUAAAGAAACUUACCCCAUUUU